CUGGGGGUAAUUGUGACCCACAGCUAAGUGUUUACAUCCUGAAAGACCAUGUGAUUGUGAAAUGCAAUACCUACAUGGUAGCAUAUAUAUGAAAAAUGUACACAUGUAGCUGCAUGUAUUUAAACUUUGACUGUCAUGUGUGAAGGUUUACUAUUGUCAAAAUGGAUAGUGAUUGUCAACAGUGAAUUUUGCUUGGAGAAUUUAUUGAAUUGUCUUUCUGGUCUGAAUGGACACGGCAAGGAUCAUCCAUUGGACGAUUAUGCAGUAAAUGACAGAUGGUUAGGAUACUGAAACAAAGAUGGCCUCCAAGGAGCGUCAUUGAUAAAUUUGUUUAUGCAGAGCAAAAUGGUCCUUAAUGAGAAGAAAUGGGUUCCCUGUUGUGUCCUCACCACUUGUUGAUGCCUCACAAAGUGAUGAAGGUUACAGACUCUGACGAAUCCUCAGGCCCCAUGGUUACCAUGAACAGGUUCAGCCGAGCAUGUCGGGCUUGUGGGUCCCCAGCUCCUCCUAAACUCACACGCUCAAAGAGCUGGAGUGAGAGCUCUGCGGCCAGUUAUGAAACAGCAAUAAUUGGGGAAGCGCAUGGUCUGGUGACAGACAUGCUGGCUGACAGCAGUUUACCUCCGCACAUUGUGAGCGGGUUAGGGGCGGUCAGCAACCUACUGAAACCCCCAGAGAACCACAGCCACGUGCAUAAGCCCAAGGUGAGCCCGCUGGUCUCGCUCACCGAGUCCUCUAGCUAUGGCUCAGACAGCGAGGACUUACCUUACACAGGAGAGAGGCCCUCCUCAUUACCAAAGAGAUUACGGAGGAGUCUCCCGCCCAGCUUGAUACGGCGGAUGUCCACAAGUACAUGGACGACGACAACGUCUGCCACGGGCAUGCCCACUCUAGAACCAGAGCCAUGUCGGUUGCGUAGCUCAAGUUUUCGACACCCUCGCGACAGUACGCCCAGCUCAAGCCCGACGGGUAGCCGUAGCAACAGUCCCUCACCCAGCUCCCCGACAACGGUCACCUUGACCAUCCCCAAGUCAAGGUCAUUCUCAGUGGCCUCCCCAUCCACACACAAUCUGCCACCUAGUCAGAAGAGACUCGUCCGCAAAAGUGUGGGGUUCGCUCCCUUGAACACAGACCUUAAGCCCGACACAUUUAAACCAGUCAGCCCCCUGGUAGGAGGAGAUGGUGUCCACACGGGAGACAGCAGUAAAACGUACCCGACCUCAGCCAAAGAUGCUCAAAGUGUUUCGGUGAAAAGACUGAACGUUACGUCAGACUAUGAGAGUAACGACUCUCCGAGCAGUAGUGAUCAUAGUGACAAUGUGCUCACAGGAGAGGACCUGGUGGGAUCCCCGCCCAAAAAGCUCAUCUGUAGAAAUGAUAUUAACCCCCUCGUUCACAAACCCGCAAUUUCUUCUUCGUCUGAGCCAGUGGCAGAGACAGAGGAGAAGGGGCUGGUGUGUGACGUGGUUGCCUCCCCUGGCCUGCAGGACUCAGGACAGGAGGGGGACGGUGAUGAUGAGCGGGAGGAGAGCGUACAGCCAGAGCCAGUGCGGAGGUCCAGCCUCGUAGACACAGACACCGCGCACAUAGUGUCACAAAUUGAAGACUGUGCUUUGUUACAAAUUCAUAGGCUCCAGGAAUGGGACUACCCCAUUUUUGAACUCGCAGACUUGGCAGGAGAUUACAUUCUUAGCAAGGUUGCUUAUAAGUUAUUUAUGGAGGUGGGGCUUUUCGAAACAUUCCGAAUUCCAGUACCUGAGUUUCUGCAUUACUUUCACGCCCUGGAAAUGGGCUAUCGAAAAAAACCAUAUCAUAACUGUGUUCAUGCCACAGACGUUUUACAAGGGGUGUAUUUCCUCACUACGCAACCCAUCCCCGGCUUUCAGCAGAUAACCACAAGUGACACGUUCGGUCGACAGGGGUCAUCCAGUGAGUCAGAAUGUGAAACAGAGCGAAGUUUUCUACAUCGGCCCAACUUCCUAGCUGAGGACAGCUAUGGCAUCAUGGGAGGUAACUUCCCUGCAUUAGAGUUGAUGGCGUGUUACACAGCGGCGGCCAUGCACGACUACGACCACCCCGGGAGGACUAACGCCUUCCUCGUAGCUACUCAUGCCCCUCAGGCCAUCCUGUACAACGAUCGCUCAGUAUUAGAAAACCACCACGCAGCUGCAGCCUGGAACCUCUUCUUGUCCAACCCUAAACAUAACUUCUUGUCUGGCCUGGACAAAGCUGAAUUCAAAAGGUUCCGCUUCCUGGUUAUAGAGAACAUUCUAGCCACAGACCUCAAGCGGCACUUUGAAAUUUUGGCAGAAUUCAAUGCAAAGGUGAACGAAGAUGAGUCUCCAGGGAUUGACUGGACAUUAGAAACUGAUCGUUUGCUGGCCAUGCAGAUGGCAAUCAAACUGGCUGACAUCAAUGGGCCGUGUAAGACACACAACCUUCAUGUCAACUGGACAAUGAGGAUAAGUGAGGAAUUUUAUGAACAGGGUGAUGAAGAAGCAAAACUAGGGAUGCCCAUUUCACCUUAUAUGGACAGGAAAAAUGCACAGCUGUGUAAACUACAGGAAUCAUUUAUCAACCACUUGGUGGCGCCACUGUGUAAUGCCAUGGUUACUGGCGGGCUGGUUCCUGGCACCUGGGUUGAUGAGGAAAGUGAUGGAGAUGCGUCGGGUACUGAUACAGAUAAGGGAGACAGCACAUGUAAAGACACUGAAGAUGAGCUGACAGAUCAGGAAAGCACAGAUUCUCCUCCAAUCACAUCAAAGAAGUUAAAAUCCACGCGGAAGGUGAAUUGUCUGUUGACGAAGAAUCUGAAGGACAACCACGAGUACUGGGUGGCCAGGUUAAAAGAGGAAGAGAUGGAGAAGUCUGCUGGGCAGGAGAGAGAUGUGGUAGAUGCGACAGAUUCAGACCAGAGUCUAAGUGAAGAAGAAAUGGUUCCUUCACUAGAAAAAGUAACAGAAAUGGAAACCAUUAAAGAAGAAGUAGAAACUGUCAAUGGGAAACCAGAAUCUCCAAGCUAGACAUUGGACGAGAACAAAUUUUUAUAUGGUUGUGCUUUUGAGAUGGAACCUGAUCGGUUGCUGAUCAACUAAUGGUGCCUAGGUCACUCCACCCUGGCUCAUGCAGACUGAAAGCCAAGAAAGGGAGACAAUGUGAUGCCAUCCAGACCAGCCCCCUUUUUCUGACUGUCGAUGAGUAAGGAUCAUAGAUACAUGCAUGGUAGGGGUAUUUUUUGUGGAGAUGUGUUUUUGACAAAUCGACACCAAUUGUGUCGUGUAUUGCAGGAGUGCUGGCCAUGACCGCAGACCGCAGACACCUUAACGAGGUACGUUGGAUUAGUAGAAGACUAUACCUCUGCGAGACAGAACUCCAACGGGACUGAAGUAGCUUUGUGAAGUUUUUGGAAACCACAAACUGGAGACUGCUGAAGCAGUCUGUCUGGAUUGAGACAAAAUACUCUGUAUUUAUAUUGUUGACUUGCCUCUUGAGGAAGUAUGUUAUUAAACCAAUCUCACAGCUGAGAAGAAAUAUUUCUUCCGAUGUAUUUCAAUUUUUACUAAUUGUAGCAGAGCCUGCAAGUCAAGGAGUUGAGGGCACUGUUGAAUGGAUAUGUGAU